AGAGGUUCCUGGAUCGCAUAACUGUUACAACUACUUUCCAUCCCUAUAUCAAGACUUCUGUGCUUCUGAUGGUAUCAGUUUUAUAAACAUUCGCUUCAGGACAACCAAGCAACAUGUCAAAUCUUUUUAUAACGUCCGCUAUCAGAGAUAUACUACCCACUACACCGGAACCAUAUCCGAGCGAGAUAAUCAGCUAUGCCAACUCGCUCUACACAUCCUCAAAACGUACUCUGCCGCUAGCGGGAAACGACGAGGUCGCAAGAUACCAUCUCUGCUGUUAUGUGACUGUUGAAUACUUUCAAUCGAUGUACAGCUUUCCCGAUCCAUUCCAAAAUAAAAUACCCCUUCCCCGGAAAAAACUCCUGACUUUGUUACAGAACUUCAGGACGCUUUUCUCAACAAUGAUUGCUUCCACUCCCAUGGCGAAAAGAAUCGUCAAUCUCGAAUAUUUGGCAACACCUUCGACUGGAACGAGAGGGGAGGAAAGCCCAGGCUUUUCGUUAUCCACACAAUCGUAUAUCGAUAAGGUACGGUCCUCCAAGUACAACACAUUAGACAGUGUACGGAAAUCACUUAAAGGUGCUCUUCUACAAGAAAGGCCAUCAGAGACACAACAUGAUAAUCUUCUCCAGACUCCUCCUUCUACUCCACGGAAAUCCCCAAGGAAGAUCAGAAACACUGACAGUCCCAGCUCGACUAAGCUAUCUCCUUAUAAAUCGCGUACCAGAAUAGUGAUCACAACGCCUAUUUUGGUUGCCUUUUGCAACAAGUUUUACAUUCCAGAACAUAUAACACAGCACAUUUUACAGACUUUCAAAUUGUAUCAACACGUGGUUACCAACUCAUGGGGGUUGUUGGUCGGGUUGGUGGGCAUCUCUUACCUCCAGCUCAACAAAAAGGAGAUCAAACAAAGGAUUGGUUUAAGAAGCAGGUUGCUGGACACCCUACACCGUUUCCAACAGGGCGGGUUGACAGACAUCGAAGUGAAAAGAUACAUCCGUGAAGUCACAAGGAUGAUUUCCAAAAGCAAGUGGAUAAAGGAAGCUCGCUAUGCAGAUGAAGACGCCGUAAUCGAAACGGGAGACGGAGCAGCUGAACAUGAUCUAGCUUUGAACUCUCUCGGUUCAUUCCUAGAUUCAACUGUGGAGUAUGUCACGAUGAAAGACACCGCUCAAGUUGAAAGAUGGGUUAGAACUAUUAAACGAACCAGUGGAAGUAUUGGCAAGGGUAAGCCCAAAUCUAGUGCCAGUCCUCAACCUGUAGGCUCCGUAUAAGAAUGUAUCAUUUUAUAAACAUGUUCCUGUGAAAUUACGAUAGC